CUUCAAUCUUCAUUUCAGUUUGUAUAUAUCAUCAAAGAUGACCCAAAAAGCCACCAUUCUUGCCAUCUUCAUGGUUGUCCUUGUUCUAGGUCUGGAAACGAAAGAGACGCAAGGACAAGAAAUGUGUCAUGAUCUUAUUAAAAAAACAGAUUGCGAUGAUGCUACUUGUGUCACUCUGUGUAAGCAAAAAUGGAACGGAAAUGGUGGUGGCUCGUGCUUCCAAAUCGUAAAUUUAAAGAGUUGCCUUUGCGCUUUUCCAUGCCAAGUUUGAAAUCUUCUCUUUUAGUUAUAAACUAUAAUCUCUAUCGAUAACAAUCCCAAAAAUGUUUCCCUCUACAAAGAUCAACACAGUUUAUA